GUGCAACAGACAGAAGCUAGAUAACGUCCAAAACUGGUGAGUACCAAUAAUAGAAAACGACAUAAGUAAGGUUUUAUGUUAUUUUAUGAUCCAAACGACGGAGACACAUCACCACUUUCAACAGCGCACUGACAUUUCAAUCUCCGAACGUAUUAUCUUGAAAAUCUCAGGUUCGCCUUGAACUCUUCAGUUUUCUCUCUAAUGGCUAUGAUAAGCUUACUUGAAAUCACAGUUUCUUUCCUCUGUUUCUCCUUCUUCUUCGGAUACUUCUUGAUUAUGAAGAAACCUCACCGUUCGUUUCCCACGAACUGGCCAUUCCUCGGUAUGCUCCCGGGCCUACUCGCAGAGAUCCCUCGUGUGUACGACUAUGUAACCGAGUUUGCUCUGAGUGCAUAGCUUCAAAGAGAGAUGAAAUAACAUGUGGAGUUACUAGCAUACACUCUUCUUCUAAAGAUUUGUUGAUGUCUUACAUGGAUGUAGACACCACCAAGUACAAGUUGCUGAAUCCGGGUGACGACAAGUUCCUCAGAGACAUGAUUUUAAGCUUCAUGUUAGCGGGGAGAGACACCACAGGCUCCGCUCUCACUUGGUUCUUCUGGCUUCUCUCCAAGAAUCCAGAAGUAACGACCAAGAUCCGUCAAGAAAUCAACACAAAACUAUCUCCAAGAACCAAUAAUGAUUCUGAUCAUUUCUCCUCGUUUAAUCCCCAAGAUUUAAACAAGUUGGUGUAUCUGCAUGGCGCCUUGUGUGAAGCCCUCAGGCUAUACCCACCGGUUCCGUUUCAGCACAAGUCUCCUACAAAACCCGACGUUCUUCCGAGCGGACACAGAGUCGAUGCAAGUACCAAGAUUGUGUUUUGUCUGUACUCACUAGGGAGAAUGAAAUCGCUAUGGGGAGAAGAUGCAUCAGAGUUUAAACCGGAGAGAUGGAUUUCGGAAACUGGAAGGCUGAUACAUGUGCCAUCCUUUAAGUUCUUGUCGUUUAAUGCAGGUCCAAGGACUUGUUUGGGGAAAGAAGUGGCUAUGACGCAGAUGAAGACAGUGGCUGUGAAAGUCAUACAAAACUAUGAGAUAGAGAUCGUUGAAGGACACAAGAUUGAGCCAGUUCCUUCUAUUAUUCUUCACAUGAAACAAGGCCUUAAAGUCAUGGUCACUAAGAGAUGUAAUUUGGUCUGAACGUUGUGCAAUACUUUUGUAGUAAUGAUCGAAGUUCUAUAUAAUAUUGUGACUUGUUAUUAAAAAUGAAGUUAGAUUCUGACCCGCACGGUUGCGGGAAUAUUUAUAUAUAAUUAUAGAUUUAGAUUAAAAUUUUAUGAAUUGAUAAUAUUUUAUAUUUCGGUUUGCAAGCAAAUUGUAUUUUGUUUUGGUU